AUGUCUAGGAGGAACGUUGAUGAGCAAGGGGUACCUAAUGCACCUGAAGUUACUACUGAGGAUCCAGAAAUCUUUGUUGAGGAACUGCAAAAGGUGUUUGAGAUUAUGCACGUUGCUGAUGCUAAGCGAGUGGAACUAGCUGUUGAUGAAGAGAAGCUGAGAGAUAGGGAAGAGUUCAAAAACAAGAAGGCUAGGACAGGGAAUGAGUCUGGGCAACAAAGAAGUAAUAUGAACCGUUCUUCCUUUCAACAUAAGCAAAAUGGGCCUGCUCCAUCAUCUUCUAGUGCAACUGAACCAAGGAAAAAAGGUGAGUAUACUAGUCAGAAUUCGCAGAAUUUCAGAUCUAGACCCGCUCAGUCUCAAGGUAGUGUGGCACAAGGAGGAAACUGGGCUCCUACAUGUGCUAAGUGUGAGUGCCCUAAGAAUCGACAAGGAAAUGGGAACCAGGGCAAUAAUGCCCAAUCUUCAUCAGUUGCUCCACUAGACAGUGUUGCACCUAGAGGAACUACUUCAGGUACUGGCGGAGGAGCAAACUGCCUAUAUGCUAUCACUAGUCAUCAAAAACAAGAGAAUUCCCCAGAUGUUGUCACUAACUCGAAUUGUCAAGUUCCAAUUUCCUGA